UUAUCUUUUCAACUUGUUAUUAUCCAAUUCUUUCACAAUAAACUCAGUCUCACGUCCGUCAACACCAGUCCAUUGACAACAUGACAAACGACAAGCGUGGUCCCCGCAUCCACCGGAUGACACUGUUCAAGAUUCCGGACGAGACGAAUCAGAAGAGGUUGUUGGAUGCGUAUCAUGUUGUCGCGGAGGAGCAGAAGAAGCUCGCCUCCCAAAAGAACGGCAAGCCCUACAUCCUGCAACUGACGGCCGGCAAGACCAUGGAAGACCAAAAGGCCCGCGGCUACACCGUCGCCUCGUACAUCGAGUUCGCCUCCAUGGACGACAUGCGCUACUACGACAACGAGUGUCUCGCCCAUGCCAUGCUCAAGGAGAUUGGGCCCAGCUUGAACUUGUCGGAGCCCCCGACUAUUUUGUGCUUUGAGAAGAGCAAUCUGGCGGCUGCGCAGGACUCGAAGCCUUAGAGGGUUUUAGGUCGGGAGGGUGGAGGGAUUAUG